AUGGACAACCUGACGUUUAGAUACAGCAUUCUUCUUGUGGAGGGACUCAAAGUUACACAUCAGUCCUCCUACCCUGUUUUUAUUGUGCUUUUCUUAGCUUAUAUUUUUGCAAUUGUAUCAAAUAUUACACUUAUAUUUAUCAUUUCAACAGAGAAGAAACUGCAUGACCCUAUGCAUUUUCUGUUCUGUAACCUGCCAGUAAAUGAUGUAAUAGGGACAACUGUCAUUUUGCCACGCCUAAUGCAAGAUAUUUUGAGAGAAGCCUCAGAGCGUUAUAUUACAUAUAUGGAAUGUGUUAUUCAAGCUUAUUUUGUGCAUGUAUUUACAGCAGCGUGUCACUAUGUGUUAAUGAUUAUGGCGUUUGACAGAUAUGUGGCUAUAUGCAAUCCACUGAGAUAUUCUGCUAUAAUGACCAAUAAAAUGGUUAUUAAACUAUCAGCAUUAGCCUGGGGGCUAGCAGUACUUAUGGUGACAAUAAUGAUAGGUCUGACUCUUCGUCUGACUCACUGCAGAUCAACAAUUGAAAACCCUUUCUGUGAUAAUGCCUCACUUUUUAAACUGUCCUGUGAAAAUGUAGCUAUUAACAAUGCAUUUGGACUUAUUUAUUCCAUAAUUAUAGCCUGUCUGUCAGCAGUAUCUAUAUUUAUAACAUACAUCAAGAUUGCUGUUCUAUGUAUAAGGAGCAAAAACAAAGCACUCAACAGCAAAGCUAUAAAAACCUGUAGCACUCAUUUAGCUGUUUAUAUAAUCAUGUUUAUUUCUGGAGCCAUUUUUAUUUUUCUUCAUCGUUUCCCUGAAUAUUCUGAAAGUAGGAAACUAGGUAGUAUAAUGUUUCACAUUAUUCCACCAGGAUUAAAUCCCUUAGUAUACGGUUUACAAACCAAAGAGAUAAGACAGAAUAUUGUUAAAGUUUGGAAGAGAAAAAUAUGGAAUUCUUGA